AUGAGCCAACGUUUCUCCAGAUUUGGGGAUGGGAAUUUCAGUUGUUCUUCUGCUCACUGUGGCACACUGGGUGGUGGGAGAAGUUCAUCCACCUUAAGCUACUGUGAAGACAAUAGAGAAGAAAGAUACCGUGGUUAUGGGUAUGGUUAUGGCAGCAGGAGUCUCCACAACCUUGGUGGGUUUUGGAAUGUUUCUCCUGGUGGAGGCUACGGAGGAGAAGGAGUAGGAGGCAUCGAGGAGGUCCGUGUCAAUACCAACCUGCUGAGGCCAAUACAAGUACAAGUCGACCCCGAGUUCCAGAGGGUGCGAUCAGACGAGAAAGAGCAGAUUAAGGCUCUCAACAACAAAUUUGCGUCAUUCAUCGAUAAGGUUCAAUGUCUUGAGCGGCAGAACCAGGCUCUGAUCGCCAAAUGGGAACUUCUGCAGCAGCAAAGUACCCGACCAGAAGAGAGCAGAAAUAUCUCCUCUUUCUUCCAAUCUUACAUCAGCAACCUGCAGAGGCAGCUCGAAACGCUCCAGGACCAGAAGGAGCAGCUGGAUCCGGAAGCGUAUAAUAUGCUUCAGCUUGUUGAAGAUUAUAAAAAGAGAUUCGAGGAUGAGAUCAACAAGCGAGCGUCUAAAGAGGAGGAGUUCGUGGAGCUUAAAAAGGAACUGGACCGUGCCUACAUGGGAAAAACAGAGUUUGAUAUUCGGGUGGAAAUACUGAGGCAGGAGCUCGAGUUCCUCAGAUGCUUACAUGAAGCUGAGCUCUCCCAGCUGCAAACUGUAGUUGGCGACACCAAUGUCGUUCUGUCCAUGGACAACCAUAGAGAACUGAACAUGGAUGGCAUCAUCGAAGAAGUCAGGCAGGAGUACGAGACAAUUGCUCAGAGAAGCAAAGCUGAAGUAGAUGCCAUGUAUCAGGGCAGGUACCAGGACCUUCAGAACAUGUGGGUGAAUCAACGUGAGCAACUGAAGAACAGUUAUCAGGAAAUCCAGGAACUUACCAGGCAGAUCCAAAGACUACAACCAGAAAUUGAAAUUGCAAGGAAAAAGAAUGCCAGCCUCCAAGAAACCAUUAAAGAUGCUGAGCAGCGCGGGAGCUCUGCUAUCAAAGAUGGCCAGCAAAAGCUUCAGGAGUUGGAAAAUGCCCUGCAGCAGGCCAAAGACGAUCUGGCUCGCCUUCUCCUUGAUUAUCAGGAGCUCCUGAAUGUGAAAUUGGCCCUGGAUAUUGAAAUUGCCAUGUAUAGAUCACUCCUUGAAGAGGAGGAGACCAGGAUACAGGAAGGCUCACCAGCCACAAUCUGUGUCAUUGACCACAAUACGAGUGCUACUGGAGUCUUUGGAGUAAGACCAGGCGGCUCGAAAAGUGGGAAGGGAGGGAUGAACUCUGUGGUGGCUCCAUCUGUGGAGGAGGAGGUGGAGGCUCAGGGUAUGGAGGAGGAGGAGGAGGUAGCUCAGGCAGUGGAGGCUCCGUGUCUGGAGGUGGCCACAGCUCUGGAGGAUGGGGAUCGAGCUCCGGCAGUGGCAGAUGCAGUCCCCACAGUGGAGGGAUGA